UAAUAAAAUUAAGAGAAAAAAGUCUUAUUUGAUAAUUAAUAAAUAAAUAGUAAAAGGCACACAAUGUUCAGAAGAAUAAUUUCAAAUGGUGCUUUAUUGAGCACUUAAACCCAAAGAUGGUAAGACUUAUCUAAAUUCGCUUGCCUUAGAGCUUCUCUUAACAAGGAAUCCGAAAAGGCUUUCUAAGAGCUUGCUAAAAAGAACAACGUUUCACCCUAAGAAUUAGUUGAACUUAGCAAGAUUGUCUCUAUGAAUUUAGACGUCCUUAAGCAAAACAUUAACUCUGAGUAAUUCCUUUUAGAAAAGGAAUCUACUCUCAAGAGAUACAGAUAAUCCAGCAUUGGUACCAGAGGUCAUCUCCAAACUGUCAAUGAAGCUGUUAACACCAAAUACCCUACUUUGGCUGAAGGAUUAGGUCAAGUCGCUGGUUACAAGGAAGCUUACUAAGCUUUAAGAGAAAUCUUUGUUCAUCCUUCUAUUUCUGUCAAUAACUUAAGAUAAGGUUCUUAUGGUCAAUAAUUUGCUGUUGAUUUCAGAACUAGAGCUGAUGAAUACGUUAAGGCCCUCUUAAAGGAUCACUCCAGCAACCCUCAAGCUGUCUAAACCAUAUAAGAAAUUCAACACACUCUUCAUUAAAUUAUUAAAAACUACGAAUAAAAUCCUGCUUCUAUUUAUGCACGUAUUUUGACUGUCCUCUAAACCAGAGGUGUCAACACUUUACCCGUCUCCAAAACUGCUGACUAAAAGGCUGUUGCUACUAUCCAAAAAACUUCAACUCCUUCUCUUACCAUUGACUAAUUGACUGUCCCUGUUUAGGAAAGAGUUUAAACUUAAACUGUCUUUGAUGCCGAAUUAGCCUUCAUUAAGGAAGCUAAUGAAAUGAUUCAACAAAAUACUGGUAACUUACCUUGGGAUGGUGGCAAAAAGAAAAUCUUCUAAGGUUAAGCCAAUAAGUACUUAGAAACUCCCUACUACUUACUUGCCGCUCUUUCUGGUUUGGGAUUACUUUACUUCUUAUACAGUGGUGACGCUAAAUACAAAACCUUAGUUUUGACUCCUGUUGUUGGUAUUGCUGCCUUCGUUUUAUUAAGAAGAAACUAAAUUUUAAAUAGAGUCCCUACUUUAACUGAAUUAUUCUUACAUAAGGACGGUAAGUUUGUUGAUGCUGUUGUUUCUGUCAAUGGAUAAUUGAUUAGCAAGAACGACAUUCCAGUUUCUACUCUUAAAUUAUACAGAGGUGACCACACUGUUAAGGUUAACUUAAAUGACUUCGAAGAUGCUUCUGCCAAGAAGUUCUUAGCUUAAUAAUCAGGAUAAGAAGGAGUCAUUAACGUUCACUUCUCUAAACUUAGAAAUUUGGCUGCUAGAAACGGUUAGGUUUUGAAUUUGGGAGAUACUGAAGUUGUUGUUCCUUUCGAAAACUAAGCAAAUAGAAUCAUCUUAAAGCAAAUCUUCAAGGGAGUUGAAGUUCUUCCUUCUUCUUGA